AGGUUCACGAACCAAAAAGGAAGCAGCAAUAGUGGAAGAAAGUAAAACAUUUUAACUCCCGUAAAUCGUCGCUAGUGUUUGUCACCGAUCUGUGCUGUGUCCGGGUGGUCGUGGAAUCAAGUUUCUCCUGGGAAACCGAUCGCGGAAGGUGCGUUGCAGUUUUUGAUGGACAGCUAAGCAUACACCACCGAGAGUGUGAAGCAGGCGGAGCAUUCUAGCGAACGUCAAACGUCUACCUUUGCACCUGCGAUGACGACCGACACGGAGGACGAGGUGGUGCCAGUGAUGAUGGUGCCGGUCGGGGCAACUCCGUCGACCUCGACCGGGCGAACCCGAAGACUACGCAAUCGAACCGUGCUGGCGGACGAGGACGACAGUGACAACGACAGUAGCGGCAGUGGGCCCAUCGCGGGACCGAGUCGGCGACGCACCGUCCCCGUUGCCAAGCUCGACCUGGCAUCGGAAAGCUCGGAGUGGGAAUCGGACUGGAACAGCAGCGAGGAGCAGUUGCUGGAAAAGGGUGACAAGGACGCGGUAGCGGCCGUGCUAGCCAGCAAGCUCGGGUACGCCUCGGACGAGUCGAGCGGAAGCGCCAGUAGCAGCGAUUGCGAAAAGUGUCCUAUCUGUCUCCUAUCGCUACACAACCAGCAGGUCGGGGUACCACAAGUGUGCGAGCAUAUGUUUUGUGCGCCGUGCAUCAAAGAAUGGUCAAACAAUGUGUCCACCUGCCCGAUCGAUCGAAAGUCCUUCGACGUCAUCAACAUUUUCCGCGACACGGACUUGCAGAAGGGAAGCGUCGCAGUGUACCACGUACCACCGAAGCCGUCCGGCGAUGAGGAAGGAGUAGAUCGGUUAGGUGACGCGGCGGCAACGGCGGGCGUUGCUGCCGGAGGAGUGCCCCCGGAGCCGGACGAGCUGACGUACUGCGAGGUGUGUCGACAGGCGCACAGUGAGGAAACGAUGCUGCUAUGCGAUUCGUGCAACUUGGGCUAUCACAUGGAGUGUCUCAAUCCGCCCCUGCUCGAGAUACCUUCCGGCUCGUGGUACUGCGACUGCUGCUUCGCGUCCGGCUCCGACGAGGACGACAACGAGCUGCAGGAUCUGCUAAAUGAUCUGAACGAAAUAGGUGGAAUGCGUGAGUCCCGCUUGCGCCAGCGCAUACACAGUCCGGCCCGGAUCGUCCGCACACGUCAGAGCGAACGCAUACGAGCGGCCAUCCUCAAUCGGGCAGCCGCCGCCGUCCGGUUGAACGUUGCCCCAAGCUCACCGGAUGGUGCUGGACCGUCAACGGUGGCCACCGCUCGGACACGCCGCCUGGCAGCUGGUUCAUCGGCACACGGUGGAAGCAGCAGCAGCAGCAGUUUAGUCGCGGUAGCAGCUGCACCCCGGGCGCGCAAGACGGUCAAGCGGAAACGACGCCGUCGAACGCGGAGGAAAAUUCUCAGCAUGAUCAUCUCCGAGUACGACGUGGACGACAACGACGACAAUGGGGGCGGCGGGGGCGAGGGACACAAGUUUGCAAUCAAGCGCAAGAAACUCUACAGCACGCUGCGGAAACUGCGCAAGAAGCGUGCGAAGCGCCGCAAGUCAGCCUCCACUACGAUCCUCGGAAACCGGAGCCGGAACCGCUUGGUGGGUGCACUGGGCGUUACGGUGGGAGCUACAGAUGGUGGGGCGGUCGGUGGUGAGCUGAUCCGGGUGACCAACAUGGAUAGCGAUGGCGUGCAGCGGCAACGGAUCAGCGCCGGUAUAGCGCCGCUAAAGAUUUUCGGUGGCCGCAACGAUCUGGAAUACUUCAGUGACGAUGACGAUGAUGAGGAGGGUAGCAGCACGGGUGGUGGUGGAGGUUUAGGAGGCGGCGGAUCUACCCUCGUGGCGAGCAGAUCGUCUGGACCGCGGCUCCGCAAUGGCGUUGGUCGAUGGCGAGCGUUGAAAAGUGGAUUCGAAAGCUUCAGCACACCAACACUGAACCGGGCAAGUGGUUCGAGUACCGCCGGGGACCUGCUUGGUAGCAUCCUCGAGAGCCAGGAGCGCUGGCAUUCCCGCGAAGGUCUACGAAACGUUCGUAUUGCCGGUGGAAGAAUUAUUUUCCCCACAUCCUCCAGCUCGACGGGGAGGCGCUCAACAACCACGACGGCAACGACGGCGACGACUGCGACGGGUUCCAGUAACGGCGAGGGUCAGAUAACGUCGGCGGCCAACACGUCGGACAGUACGAGCACGCAGCUGACGGCAAACAGCACACCGGGAAGCUCUGCUGGACCGGGUAGCAAUAAUUCUUCCUCUUCCACCAGUCACCAGUCCAUGAAUGGUACGGGAGAACGAGAAAGUAGCGGUGCUGGUGGUGCUGGUGCUGGCCCUAGCAGCUACUCAAACAGUGGGCUUCCCGGGCCGUCCGAUGCAGGACCGGUGAGUAGCAAGGUGGCGUCAACGACAACGACCGUUGCCAGCGGGAACAAACCAGAUGAGGAUCAGCAGGAGGAUAGCGAUCAGGAGAACAAGAACAACAAGACUGUCUCGGCCGCGGGUCGUUUGCCGAAAGGGUUGGCACAUGACGAUGCCAAUGCGGACGCCGAACCACCGCCACCGAGCACGAGCUCGUCUUCGUCCGCGGCGGAAAACAAUUGUCCGAACUUUUCCGUCUACUCAUCGGAAACGCUCCAGUACGCGAAGGGUGGCGACGACGGCAACCAACCGUACGAUCCGCUCGAUGCCGAGCAGCGCACCGACGACGAAGGUCAAACGGAGGACGAUCGGUUCGCGGGCGAGCGCGACGAAGAUCUGGUGCAGCUCGACGAUGACGAUAUCGACGGGGAACCGAUGUACCCGGGAGCGGCGACACCGCCACCAGCAAGCGAACCGCAGGAUCAUCAAAUGGCCAGCUCGAAUAGUAACACCGUGGCGGCAAAUGGCGUGGAAGCUGGGGGAAGAAGGGUGAGGAGGAAAACAAGCCAAGGUCAAGACGAAGAGGAGGACGAGCACGAGGAGGAGGAUGACGACGAAGAGGACGACGGAACACCGGCCCGGGAUGAGUUCGACUCAGAGAGCGAUGAUGAGCUGAAGAAAAUCGAAGCCGAUUCCAGUCGUGGCCUCGAUGGGCGUCCAAAUCGGGUGGACGGGCUCGAUGCCCUGACGCCACCCCUCACCACAUCGCUCGUGGCGGCACUGGGGGCGUCCGGGGCCGCAAUGGCUGCGGCAUCCGCAAUCGCUACCGCCAACUUUGGUCCGCCGGGCCGUGUAGCUAACGUGGUUACUAACAACUCCGGCAGCGGUCCGGCAGGGGAAGAUGAUCGUAGUUACACGCCCUGCCUGGACGAGAAGUAUCAGGAACGACGCGAUCUGAUCGAUGCUGGCGAGGGUACAUCGGGUGCGGGCGCUGGCGGGGGAAUGCUGUUGGCCGCAUCGUCGCGCUUCCGAAGCCAGGGUAGUGCCAUCGAUUCGGCUGGCAUCGAUGGAAUGGACACGGAGCUUAUUUCGGAGGACGAAGAGGACAAUGACGCGUUCCCCGAGGAAGGAGGGGUUUCGGUGGAAGCCUCGACCUCGAAAGCGUCCGGUUCCGGGGCGAAACGGAAGGAGCUGACGUUCAAGAAGGUCACGAAGCGCGGUCGCGAACGGAAUUACCGUGAGAAGGACAAGGAGAAGGAGAAGGAGAAGGACAAGGACUCCGGCUCGCGGAGGCGUUCGUCGGGACGACGGGAAGGUGGCGACGAGGGUGAUGAGCAGCAGCGGGAGAGCGGUGGCGAAGGGAAAUCCACAAACACCGAGCGUCGGAAUCGGCAGCGACGUCCGAAGCGAAAGGAACUGCCUCGGUACGACAUUCGCUCGAUCAUCGCCGAGAAGCGGCCCCGUAUCUACAAGGACCCAUUCGGGCGGGACAUUACACCGAAGCGUCGUUCGCGGACACGUUCGCCGUCCAGGAGCCGCUCUCGCGAUCGCACCCGUCGUGACGUAUCGUUUUCCCUUUCACCCGAGCCGGUUCCAGCGGCAAGGGCACGUUCACGUGACCGCGCUUACGGCGGUUCACAGAGGAGACGCUCACUUUCCCCACUGCCCGCGCGCCAUCGUGGCCGAUCGCCGGCUGGUGGUGGUGUCCGAUCGCCGCUUCCCUUCCGUGGUCGCUCGUCGUCACGGUCGCGCUCGAGAGGAGUUGGUGGACGCCCGAUGCCGCUUCGAUCACUGUCGCCUCAUUCUCCGCCUCCGAUGCGCGGACGGUAUGGUGGUGGUGCCCGAUCGCCACGGUCGCUGUCCCGCUCACGAUCGCUUUCGCUGGAUCGCCGACCUCUCGCGGGACGCCGCGGAAGCUUGCGACGCUCGUUCGCCGCCGACAGCAGAUCACGGUCCCGCACACGAUCACGCUCACGUUCCCGCUCACGGUCCCGCGGAUCACGAUCCCCUCCGCCGAACACGGAUCGAAGGAUUUCGCGCGCGAAAAAGAAGGCCAAGCGGAAGAACAAACAACGGCUCGUGUCACCCGGGGCCGGUCGGAGUCGCAGCAGAAGUCGAACCCCUCGCAGUCGAAGCCGCAGCCCGGCGAUCGGUGUGCGUGGCGGACGUGUCCGUGGUGGCCACAAAGGAGGCGACCCUGGUGGCGGUGGUCGGAAGAAGAAAACCAAACGUCGCAGUGUGUCUCCCCCACCGCAACCACCGCUGCCGACGGGAAAGAAGGCCAAGAAGAAGAAGGAUCGUAAGCGGACGUCCCUGUCGCCGGUCGGUUCCCGUUCGCGCUCGCAAUCGCGCAGCCCGCCUCCAACUUCUUCGUCGUUGCUAGCGGAUCGGUACACCAAAGGCACCACGCAACACCACCAUCGGCAGCGAUCGCGUGAUCGAGACUCGUGGACGCCACCGCCCCCGCCACUGCCGAAAACGAACGGUGCGAGCAAUGCCGUCGCGACGGCCGCCGCCGCCGCCAACCUGACGGUGAUCCUCACGAACGAGGAAGCGCUGGCGAAGAAGAAGCAGCAGCUGAACGGGGGCAAGGACGGCCGAAGCCGCAGCAGUAAGCAAGCCCGCAAGGAGGCCCGACGUCGGGAGCGGGAGGCGGCACGUGAAGGCGGCAAGAAGAGUGGCGGUCUGCAGCCCUCGAAGGAAGUAUUUGCAUCGGGUGAUAAUAUUCUUGUAAGUGUUAGCUUUAGCGAAAAGAACAAAGACGGUGCGGCGACGGGUGGGGCGAGCGGAUCAACGGCGACGGCCGGGUCGACCGCAGCGGGUGGAGGUGGUGCGGAUGGGAAGGGAUCGGAUUCACGGCACCAUCAUCACCAUCAUCACCAUCAUCAUCAUCACCAAGGAGAAGCGGCCAGCGAGCGGUUGGGAUCGUCCAAGCAGCAGCGUCAGAAGGAAGCGACCACCUCCUCUUCCACGUCCUCCAAGCGCCAGCGGGGUACGACCGCCACCGAGUCGACAAAGACGUCGAAGCGCUCGGAUGAAGCUGCUGCAGUCAGGCGGAAGCAGCGUGCGCAACGAAAAGCUGGUGCUGGGGACGGACCUGGUCCGAAGCCGGUCGUCAUUAUCGACCUCGAUGGGUCACCGUUCCGCGUGCUUACCCCUUCGCCUAAGGCCGUCAUCGUGCUAUCGGACAGUGACACCGAGAAGGACAAGGAAAACCGACGUACAGUGGGCACUGCGGAGGGAGCCCUACCGUCCGGUCAGGGUGGUACUAGCGGAUCGCAGGAAAAGCGCCCGGAGGGAACCACCACCCUCGGCCAAUCACUGGGACUGCUGCUCGGUGUUGAUGGUCCGCUCGGACCGAUGAAUGCUGGAGGAGCGGGCGGUGCCGGAAAUGCAGGUGGUGGAGCCACGGGUGGUGGUGUUCGUAAAACAACGCCACCGGACGCACGUCGGCCAUCCCCGGACGAUGAUAUGUUUGGUCCGAAAACGCCACCUGGGUUCCCCGCCGGUGGGGGACCGGGACAUCUUUCCUCCAAGGCGACCCUCCAGCAGGCUCCCAAGUUUUCGAUGCAGGUCAAGACGAAAUCCUCCAACCUGCGUCCCGUCAACCCGCUGUACGAUCCGGGCGAUCUGGACGAACCGAAGGACGACAGCCCGGAUCGGCAGGAGGCGGCAAAUGCUGCGGCAGCGGCGGUGGUGGGAGAAAUCACCGGCUCGGCAUCGUCGGCCCAGGCUGCUGCAGCGCUGGGGAUGGUCGCUACGUACGGUGGGAUGCUCGGUGGCGCCGGUACAACCACCGUCGGGCCAAACACUCCACCCGAACCAGCGCCCCAAUCGCCAUCACCCGACGUGUACGAUCCGUUCGAGCCAACCAAGUCACCGUCACCGUCGCCGCCCCCUGGCCAGGGACGGGAUCGAUCGGAUGCGCUCUCGAUUGCCCGGCUCUCGGACGAAGAGCGCCAGGAGAAGGGUUCGGCCGGAGUUGGUGGUGGUGCGGCCGACGGGGAAGGCAUGGGCGACUCCGGUGCCUCUGGCGUUGCUAACGAUGGCUCACUGAACGGCGGAAUGAUUGAAUCGCGUACACCUCCUCAACCGAUGACGCUAAAGUCGACCCGCCAGAACAGCGGCGCCAGCGGCGGCAGCAACAACAACGCAGGACCCGGUGUCUCGAACGGUGGCGCCGGUAAGGUGACAGUCCUGAGCAACCUCGUCCUCACCGGCGGCGGCUCGUCGAACGUCGUGAACAACAGCGGCUCGGACGGACGGCUUGACGCAUCCGGCGCUAACUCCGACUCGGACGUCAUCUUCGACGACUUCAUGUCGGCCGGCAACAGCCUCAUCUCGAAGCUUCCACUACCGGGCUCUUCCUCCGCGGCCCAGGCCGGUGGCCCGCAGCAGCAACAGCCAGGCACGACCAGCAACAAAUUCGUCGGCGACUUCCUCAAUCCCACCGACUCGCCGUACUCGCCCGGUGCGAGCGACUUUGACGACCUCUUCGAACCGCCCGGCGGUGUGGAUCUGCUCGACUCGCCACCGCCCCCUCCUCACCAUUCGCACGGCGGCAAGCAGCAGUCGUCGGCGGCCAACAAUGGGCCCUCGGGCUCCCAACAGCAGCAACACGGUUACAAACCAUCGACCUCGAAGCAGAUGCCGAAUACGAAGGCGGCCAAAAAGUCCACCAAUCAGUUCGAUUCGCUGUUCGGUUCGUCACCGAACCACAACAACUCUACUGGCGCCACCGGUCGGAGCAGGCGGGAACGCAAAGGAGGGCAGCACAGGCGCUCGAAGGGAGGUAAAGCAAACCAAAAAACUGACGCCGGGGACGAGGAAGAUCCUUCGAAGCUGACGGUCAAGGAGAAGUACCUCAAGAAACUCAACCGCCUCGAGCGUGUCGUCGAAGAGGUGAAGCUGGUCAUUAAACCUUACUACAACAAGAAGCAGAUCAACAAAGACGAAUACAAAGACAUAAUGCGUCGGGCCGUACCGAAGAUCUGCCACAGCCGAACCGGCGAGAUUAACCCGAUAAAAAUACAGAAGCUCAUCAAGGCGUACGUGCGUAAGAUACGUGGCAAGCGGCGCACCGGCAAGAAGGGUCCCGGGGUGGGCGGAGGAGGUGGUCCCGGUGGUCUGAUGGCAGCGAGCAACAACGCGAUCAUACUGUAGGAAAAGAGCUCGGGACGUGCGUGAUUCCGUGGUUCUUCGAGCAAUUUGAUAGUUUUUAUCAGUAUCUAAUACAUUUACAGCGUAGGGAUACACACUCACACACACACACUCACAUAUGCAUAGUUUGUAAAAGAAACGAUGAUGCUUCGCGGAAAUUGGAGUGGGAAAGUGGAACAAAAUUCUAGGGUUUUUGGAAUGCAACCGAUAAUUCCACACAAACACACACACACACAGAGUAUCUAAAACCCCACUACCUAUCGCAUUGAGCGCCCUUCAAACUGGCACUGUUCUUCGACGCGGGGAUAGUGGUUAGUUUGUGUUGGGUUAUAAUGAACUGUAUAGAAAAAAAAAGUAAAGAAUCGCGACCUAUAUUAUUAUUAUUAUUAUUAUUAUUAUCGCUUAACUUGACCAGGAUGUAGACCGAAGUAAAGGUCUGCGCUCGUACCGUGUACCAUUAUAGCAAAACCCUCUUAUCUCCCCUAUUAUGAUCAUGUAAUCACUCACCGAUUGUGUACCGUUCAUUGCGAUCGCGAGAGAGCUAGUUUUAAAUUAAUAUUAUACAUACUUAUGUUUAUGUACAAAGUAGGAAAAAAGAACCCGAAAAUUACGACACCGGAAAGCUGGGGCAAUCAGAGAAAGAGAGAAAGAGUGAGCGUAUGCGGUUUGUACAACAGAAACAACCGGCAAACGGAGCACAGGUUUGGAGGGAUCAGUCUCAAUCUCUCAGUGUGUUUUUAGUUAUGUGAAUGUCUGUCUGUCUUCUGUAUGUUUUUUUGCGUUAGGAUGUAUUAGGUUCGAUUAUUAUAAUAAAUUUAACAGAACAAAAGAAACAAAAAACUCCCCCGCACGUAUGGGUAGCAAUAUCUCGCGACGCCAAGUAACGGAUGAGGACAGAAACCCGGUCACGGAAAGAAUACAAUUAUCGACCACCACAUCCCCGAAACUACGCGGAGAGGAAAGUGCAAAUUCGGAAGGAACACUGUUAAACUGUUAGCAAAACUUCCAACGGUGGAACGCCCCUUGCAGGGAGUUUUCGAAUGUAUGUGUUUAGUAAGAGGCCAAUCACCCGCGAGUGGCGUUUCCCCCAAUUCGCGGAAGGAAUCGAUAACAAAAAAAGGAUGAUGCAUGCGGUGCGGUAACAUUUAAGUCGUAUUUAUAGAUUGAGUGUAUUAUAGAGAAAAACAAAAUUAAACAAACAAACAAAACAAUUAAACUAUUGCUAACGAAAAUCGUUAGGGCUUACAAAAGUGAAGAGCAAGAUCGGAGGAGUACGAGAAACUUAUUCACUUCUUGCAAGCAUGCGCAAUCACAUUAGCACACACACACACCCAUGAUUACACAAAGUUGCUCUUAAAACAAUGGAGCACCAAAAUAUUAAGCGCGCUAUAUAUGAAGAAAGGCACGGUGGGAUGGACGGAUUGAAGGAACUAAAAAUGCCUCCAACGAUGGCACGUCGCCUAAGGAAGAUUUAAGGAUGGCAAAACACUAGCCGUAACGAACAAAUUAUAUUUAUUAACAUAUAAAUACUAUUGAACACGGCAGAAAACAAAAAGAAAAACAACACACAUACAAAACAUUAAUCACACAAUCUCCUUCUCCUCGUGCGCUCGUUAAGUGAUAAGCUGAAAAUAGUACGCUGUUAAGUAGACACAAUGAUGCUGUUCCGCGCGUCAAUGGUUCCAAAUUGUGUGUGUGUUUGCGCUCUCCGGAUGUGAUGUUUUUAUGCUGAUACAGGGGGAGGGGAGCCGUGCCCUACACAAGGGCCGCUGGGAAGGACCUCUUGCAUCACCCGUAGGAACCGCUCUAAACUCUAAAGGAAUUUUUGAUUGUUUCCUCUUCCCGCUCGGGCACGCCUUUUUCUUAAGAUUCCAAUUAAAAUCAUUUUCACACACGCAGACACACAUCAGUGCGUCGUACCAGGUCGCGGAUGCUCUUUGGGGGGCCAGUAUUUCCAGAAGAGCUUCGUUAUCCUUUACCGUGUGCUGCUAUGGCAUGCGAGGGACACCGUUCCCCGCAUAACGAUAAGCCCUCGUUUUGGGCGAGAGGAAACACGGAACGUUCCGAAAACGCAGGCGGAGCAACCCGCACAUUGCAUUGGGCCAAAACGGAUGGAUGUGUACCAACAAAGGCAGAUAGAAGAGAGGAAGGAUGGCGGUUGAGAACCAGAGAGAAAGAAAUUCAAAUAAAAACAAUGAAUCAUGGUUUAAUAAAAUG